GCCUUCCGACGCCCGCGACAAGAGCGGCAGCAAAUACACACCCCCACGUGCCCGAGGAGGGCGCGUGCGUAGAUGAAAGUGGCCAGUGGUGGUAAGAGGCAGGAGCCUGAAUCGCGGCGCGGACGUCAGUGCGUCAUGACGCCGUGUUGUCAGUAAGUGACCUGCUUUUGAGCGAGAGGCGUAGAGAGAGCCGGUGGGGAGCAGGUAAGAGGCGGGCAGUUCUGGAGCCGCAGUAGGGGGCGCUGUGGCGAGGGCAGCUUCUUGGGUGAGGGAGACUUGAAAGGGGGCUCUUUGGCGGGAGGGGGGCUGCAGUCCCCGGAUGUAACUGGAAUAGGUAUGGGGGCUUUCUAGGCAGGAAUAGGUUAGGGGGCUCUUUAGGCGGGAGUAGGGUAGGGGGCUGUUUAGGUGGGAAUGGGUUAAGGGGCUCUCUAGGCGAAAAUAGGUUAGGGGGCUUUCCAGGCAGGAAUAGGUUAGGGGGCUUUCCAGGCAGGAAUAGGUUAGGGGGCUUUUUAGGCAGGAAUGGGUUAACAGGCUCUCUAGGUGGGAAUAGGUCAGAGGGAUUUCUAGGUGGGAAUAGGUUAGGGGCAUCUCUGCACAUCACAUGAGUAAAGCCCUGUUUAGGGAAGCUUUUCAUGUUUAAUAGACUAUUGUCUUUUAAUAUUCUGUUGGAAGCCGCCCAGAGUGGCUGGGAAAACCCAGCCAGAUGGGUGGGGUAUAAAUUAUUAUUAUUAUUAUUAUUAAGCAGGGGCCCUUGUUUGCCUGGUGAAAAUGUGGUUUCUUAGUUUCCCCAGAGGGGUGUUUGUGUGGCAGACGGGUUGGGGAAAGGGAGAGGGCAUCUAUAAGCAGUACCACAACACUUAACGUAUAAUAACAUUUGAAACACACACCUGCACAUUAAAAAAAGAGUGUGUUGUGGCAGCAUGAGAAUGAGUGGUGUAAUUGUGGUAGAAGAAGCACUUGUGGGCUUAUGAAAGGUUGCUCUUGCCGGUGAAAGUUUGUGCUACGAGCCUGAGUCUGCGAGAGGAAAGGAAGCCCCAUUGCACUUCCUGGGGCUUUCUGCCAAGCAAGUGUAUACAAGAUCGCAGCUGUAAGUCGGUUGCAGUAAAUGCAACAAAGAGGCUUGUGGGACUUGAAAGAUUAACAGGCUUAACGUGGACUCUGGUCCCUGAAAGCUUAUGCUAUGAGGCGAGUUUGCUGUAACAGACUAAGAGUCUUGUGGCGCCUUAAAGGCUAUCAGAGUUGCUAUAACCUUUCAUAGACUAAAGGCUGCUUUGGUCCAGAAAAGCAUAUGCCACAAUAUAAGGCCUUGGUGUUUAAGGUGUCACCUCUUAAAUGGGGUGUAUUCAUGUUUUGGAGAAAGUCUCCCCUUUAGGGAAACUUUUAAUGUUUGACGAACUAUUGUAUUUUAAUAUUUUGUUGGAAGCAGCCCAGAGUGGGCUAUAAAUAAUAAAUUAUAUUAUUAUUAUUAUUAUUAUUAUUAAGCCGCAGGGCUUCUCUGGUGCUUUUUCAAUCAAAUGUGUGGUAAUGUUAAGGCAGUAGACUGGAUGGAGAUUUUGGUUGAUGGUGAUGAGGAGAGCAAGCGAGAGGUAAUUCAAUAUGUUGUGAUCCUGGGAAGGUGAUCCUGACAGUGCAAAAUGUAUGAAAGGGAAGGAAGGCUUUUAGACUGUGAAAGUAGCCUGGGUGAUUUUACAGGGGCAGAUUGGAUAGGAAAAAAGAACAGGUACAGUUUGCCAUAUACCAGAAGUUUUCAACCUUUUUGAGUCCAUGGUUUCCUUGACCCUUCUGUGGCAUCCCUGUGGGGCUCAGGAGCCCAGUUAUGUCACCCCUCACCUGCAGAGCUGGCAGCCUCUCACCCUUUUUCAAACACCCUCCCUUGUGGAGUGUUCCCUCAGCCUCCUCUCCUCUCCCCUCUCCUUGGGAGUCCUCUGGGCAGCUGCAGCUGCUGCCCCUGUCUCUGAGCUGCUCCCCCAAAGAGAGGUGCCUCACUGCCCCACAGGGGCCUGGGAAGCACCCCUGACUAGCCCCAGGGGCAGCAUUCGCCUGGGGAGCUUGUAGCCAGGGCUGCUACAAGGAUCAGCUGUGCAAGCCUUUGGGAGGCAGAGACGCAAUAGGGCAUCAGAGGAGGGAGGGAAGGAAAGAAGGACAGAGGCCAGUGUUGCCUGCAGCACCCCUGACUAUCAUUCAAGGCACCCCAGGGUGCCACAACACACUGGUUGAAAACCACCGCCAUAUGCCAUUAGAUCUAAAAAUUGACCAGAACCAUUGAUUGGGGGACAGGAGGAGAGUUGGUUCAAAACCUGAUAAAGUGGACUCUAAUUGGUUUCAAUGUAUCUGGAACUAAAACAGAUGUUUAUAUUUGGGCAGGAAAGGUAUACUCGCAAGAUUCUAUAGUGUUUGUAUGCUCUCCUUCAGAAGCUGAGGAUCCACACCAGUGCAUCCACAAUGCCUGGGAUGGUGAUGUUUGGAAGGCGCUGGGCCAUUGGAAGUGACGACUUUGUCUUCCCAGGAGCCUUUGAACUUUUCAUCAGGGUGAUCUGGUAAGAUUUGCUGCUUAACAUAUUAACGUUGUCAGUAAUGAACUAGGCACUACCUGGGGAAAAUAAGCACUGCUUAAAUUUUUAAAAAGGGGUUUUAGCAAUUGAGCUCAUGUAGAAGUUGUACUUAUUCCCCUGGGAAUUCUGGUCUUUCUUGUGCUGCGCUGAUGUAAUGGUUUAAAAGUAAGAGGAAACCUUUCUGUGCGUACCUGUCUGGAUUUUAAAGCAAGUUCUGGGGCAAAUCAGUAAUUAGCUGCCAUUUGAAUCAAGGAGUGUAAAUAAGGGUGUGUCUGUCAAGAGGUUUCACUCCUGUUCUAACUGUGGUUAACUCCCAACCAGUGGGCUGAAUACUAUAAUUCAGUAAGGUAGCUAGGAAUCUAGGGAGGCGGUUGGAGGAUGGAUGGCGGCUAACAGAUUGAAGUUGAAUCCUGACAAGACAGAAGUACAGUGGUACUUUGGCUUGCAACCGUUUUGGAUUACAACCACGUCAAACCUGGAAGUGUGUGUCCCUUUUUUAUUAUUAUUACAACCCAAUUUUUUAAAAAUUACAACACUUUUUUUGGGGGGAGGCCCCAUUGGCGAAAGUGUGCCUUGGGUUACAACCUGUUUUGGUUUACAACCAGACCUCCGGAACGGAUUAUGGUUGUAAACCAAGGUACCACUGUACUGUUUUUGGGGAACAAGGGGCGGGUGGGUAUGGAGGACUCCCUGGUCCUGAACGGUCCUGAAGGACCAGGUGCGCAGCCUGGGAGUCAUUUUGGACUCACAGCUGUCCAUGGAGGUACAGGUCAAUUCUGUGUCCAGGGCAGCUGUCUACCAGCUCUAUCUGGUGUGCAGGCUGAGACCCUACCUGCCCGUGGACUGUCUCGCCAGAGUGGAUCGUGCCCUGGUUAUCUCCCACUUGGACUACUGCAAUGCACUCUACGUGGGGCUACCUUUGAAGGUGACCCAGAAACUACAACUAAUCCAGAAUGCGGCAGCUAAACUGGUGACUGGGAGCAGCCGCUGAGACCACAUAACACCGUCCCUGAAAGACCUAAAUUGGCUCCCAGUACAUUUCUGGGCACAAUUCAAAGUGUUGGUGCUGACCUUUAAAGCCCUAAACAGCCUUGGCCCAGUAUACCUGAAGGAGCGUCCCCAUCGUUCUGCCCGGACACUGAGGUCCAGCGCCGAGGGCCUUCUGGCGGUUCCCUCACUGUGAGAAGCGAAGUUACAGGGAACCAGGCAGAGGUCCUUCUCAGUAGUGGCGCCCACCCUGUGGAAUGCCCUCCUAUCAGAUGUCAAAGAGAUAAACAACUAUAUGACAUUUAGAAGACAUCUGAAGGCAGCCCUGUUUAGGGCAGUUUUAAUGACUGAUAUUUUAAUGUAUUUUUAACCUUUUGUUGGAAGCCGCCCAAUGGCUGGGGAAACCCAGCCAGAUGGGCGGGGUAGAAAUCAACAACAACAACAACAACAACCACCUUUCUGGCAUCCUCACAAAACUACAGUUCUCACCUCGUUCUUUAUUAGAGGAAGAUUCUAAACUGGCAUUACUGCCAACUAAGCAUGCCAGUGUCACAGUUAGCAGUAAAUGUUGGAGCUGGCCUCAACAAGGGCCCCAUACCUAUAUGCUAAUUGUGAAAAUGCUGCAUAAUCAACUGCGUUGCCACCAUAUUUUGAAAAAUGUGUAUGUUCCCCAUGCUGAUCUCUAUCAGCUGUACUAUUUAGUAUUCUCAAAUCCCCCUGCCUUAUAAAUGAAACUAAACAGAGUCCUACAUAAUUAACAUUGUGUAUCUUUGGAAACCGUCCCAAUGACUGCAAGUAUCUGAUUCCCAUAUCGGGUGGUAAUGGACUUAUAAACUUAAAUCAUUGCUCCUUUGCAUGCAUUGAAAUCUCCUGCAGUAAGGAGUGCAGCAGGAUAUAAAGGUUCUAAGGCAGGCAUCCCCAAACUUGGCCUCCAGAUGUUUCGGGACUACAAUUCCUAUCAUCCCAGACCACUGGUCCUGUUAGCUAGGGAUGAUGGGAGUUGUAGUCCAAAAACAUCUGGAGGGCCGAGUUUGGGGAUGUCUGUUCUAAGGCCUUAAUAUAGUUGUCACAGAUCGGAUCCAGGCACUCUUGGAGGAAACUGAUUUUUCUAGGUGCGUUUCAGUUGGGAUUUAGGCCCGGUUUUGGCGCAGAAACUGCUUGAGUUGCCCUGUAUGAUGAUGACCUUAGUUGGGAGAAAGACAGGAGAAAUCUGGCCCUGUUAAUUCUCCUUGACCUCUCAGUGACCUUCAAUACCAUCAACCACGGUAUCCUUCUGUAGUGGCUAUCUGAGUUGGGGAUGAAUAGCACUGCUUUGUGGUGGUUCCGAUCCUACUUGGAUGGUUGUUUCCAGAAUAUGAUGCUUGGGGAGUGCUGUUCAGUUCCAGGGAGCGUUCAAUGCAAGGUUGCUUGUGGUUAAGUCUUACCCCUCAAGCUGUUUCACAUCUACAUGAGACCGCUGAGUGGAGUCAUCUGGAGUUUUGGACACAGCUCUACUUCUCCUUUACUUCUGCAAGUGUGAAAACGGAUGUACUGGACCAAUGUCUCACCUCAGUAAUGGAGUGGAUAAAUAAACUGAAAUUCAAUCCAGAGGCACUGUUAGUGGGUGGUUCCCUAGACUGUAUAGAUGGGAGGUGGCCUGCUGGUGAUGGGGUUACACUUCCUCUGAAGGAGCGUGUUCACAGCUUGGAGGUUCUUUCGGAUCCAUUGCUGUCUCUUGAGGCUCAGGUGGCAUCAGUGGUGCAUAGUGUCUUCCAUCAGCUUUGGCUAGUGGCCCAGCUGUGCCCCUAUCUGGAGAGGGAUAGGCUACCUUCUGUCAUCUGUGCUCUGGAAACCUCUAGGUUAGAUUAAAAGGUAAAGGUAAAGGACCCCUGACAGUUAAGUCCAGUUGCAGACGACUCUGGGGUUGCGGCACUCAUCUCGCUUUACAGGCCGAGGGAGCCGGCGUUUGUCUGCAGUUUUUCCGGGUCAUGUGGCCAGCAUGACUAAGCUGCUUCUGGUGAACCAGAGCAGCGCACGGAAACGCCAUAUACCUUCCCGCCAGAGCGGUACCUAUUUAUCUACUUGCACUUUGACGUGCUUUCGAACUGCUAGGUUGGCAGGAGCUGGGACCGAGCAACGGGAGCUCACCCCGUCCCGGGGAUUCGAACUGCCGACCUUCUGAUUGGCAAGCCCAAGAGGCUCAGUGGUUUAGACCACAGCGCCACCCAUGUCCCUUAUCUAGGUUAGAUUACUGCAGUGCAUUUUACGUGGGGCUGCCUCUGAUGAUGGUUCAGAAACUUCAGCUGGUGUAGAAUUCAGCAGCCAGGUUGCUCACCAGGGAAAGACUGUUUGAGCAUAUGACAAUCUGUGAAUAAGAUCCGUGAUCUGCUCAAAUGGAAGCAAGGAUGCCUUCCCUUCUACAUUCUCCUUUCUGACUGUGAUAGCUGUGAUCUGAGUGUGUCUUCAAAAUGUUGAAGAGGCAACACCCUGUUCUGAAUUCAUUUAGCUUAUGUUUUCAUGAUGCCCUGAAAUUUACACUUUUUCAGCAGCUCCUGCUGGCUAUCUCUCCUUUUUGUUCUUGGGCUCUUUUGUUCAUCUUUGGAUGAGGGAGGUUAAUCAGAAGAAUAUUUAUAAGCUGGGCUUCUCUCCUGACAUUUUGGGCAUUUAUGGGCUAAAUAAGGCCAAAGUUGUUAUUCAAAGAUCAGUAGACUUAGAUCAACAGCAUCUGAUAACUGCAACUAACAAAUAAUUGUUCUCCACUUCUUAAUAACUCGUUAAACUGUGUAGAAUCAUGGCAGCUUUGUACUUUGUGCAUUAAAUGUCUUAAAGUAUAGGAGAGCAUUUAACUUUCCUCAUUGUAAUUUGCUGCCUUUGGCACUGGUAGAAAGACAAUUCAGCAAAAACCCCAGGAAAUGAACAACCAUUUUUGUGUGGAGCUGGAGCAACAAAAUCUGUUGAACAUGCUCUCCUGCACUGUGAUUUAUAUGGUGAGUGUAGUGAGAAAUUGAUUCUCCCUCUACUAAGAGCUCUUACAGGAAGAUCCCUGGAGAUUCAGUAUUGUUUUACUUAAAGAAUGUUUCCUUCUAUAUUACUGAAAGUGCUGCUGAUUUUUUCCUGGCUUCAGUGCAGAUCAGGAGAAAUUUUCUGCUGGCUUCUUGAGACGAAAGAAAAAGUAUUAUUUCUUCCAGGUAUUCUAUAGGAAGCACCUCAUAAAUGGAAAGCCAUUGAUAAAAACGGAAGAAAGAAUAAUCCAUUGAUAGUUUCCCCCCAUCAUGAAUUGGUCCAAUCUCCAUUUGAAGCCAUGUAAAUUAGCGGCCACGGUCUCUUCUUUGUGGCAGCGAAUUCCGUAAGUUAGCUAUGUGCUGUUCCUCAGAUCCCUGUCGGACCACGACUGCAUUUAGUGGCAAGCAGCUCUAGCGCAUCCUGAGCAUUUUGAGGGCUGUAGCCAUGUUGAGAGCAGAGCAGUGAAUUUCCCUGUAGCCGUCACUCGCAGCUGAAAGCAGGUUACUAGAUCAGCAGUGGGAUGCAGAUGGACCUAUAUCCAGGCACUUCUGAGCUCAUUUCCAUAAGUCUUCCGAGGCAAAUCACACAGCAGCAAUCGGUGAAGUGAGGGCACCCUCACCUGAUCAUCCAUCGCCUGUGUUGCAGCUGGUUACUGGGAAAUGGGGGUGCCUGGUUGGGGUGAAGUUUGGGUGAGCGCCACCUUCCUGCUCCCCUUCUACCCAUCAGUAACUAGCAGCAAUGGGGGCAGUAGGGAGGUCGGGUGAGCACUGCCACCCCACUGACAGCUUGGCUGAAGGUACAGCCGAUGAUCAACUUUUCCCGUCAACUUCAAGCUUGAGAGCAAAAGCUGCUUACAUUUUAGCUAACGAACUCUCAAGAAUCUAGCCUCAAUCCUAAUUCUUCUUAUCUGGAAGUAAGCUCCAUUGAAUUCAGUUGGAUUUCCAUCUGAGCAGGAAUGGUUAAGGCUUGCACUGUGGAACAAAUGCAUAUUUUGGGUUGAAUGCACUGUUCUGAUUUUACAGCAUGCCCAACCUGGAAAAGCAACUAGCACAGUUUUCAGUUUCCUUCAGAGGUUGCUGAUGUGAAGCAAAGGGCUUUUGGAAAAUUGAAUUCAAGAGUGAUUUUAUAAGAUGUCUGGGGUUUAACGAGAGGGAAGCUUUCCUCGAGAAUGCUUUUCACUGGAAAAGAAUAUUUUUAAAAGGUAGAAAGAUGACUAUUUUACCAAAUGCACACUGCUUGCUUUUGUGUUCAGUUUAUCCCGUGGAAAUAAGGCUGUGCAAGGCAGAUCUUAUUUGUGGGACAAUCUCUGGUAUACAAAAAUGCUGUCACUCAAGCAGAGUUAAGUGGUUGUGUAACGUUAAUUACUUGUUGCAGCACAACAGAAGGUUUCGGUUUUGCUAUCCCUGAAUGAGGAUACUGAAUUGAUUUAAAUUGCUAGGGUUGUUUUGAACAAUAGACACUACGGGCUAAUGCCUUAUUUUCCCCCCUGCUGUGUUGUACUGGGAGAUGCAACAGCCUAUCAGAUUAGGCUAAUUGUAGUAAAUUUCUUUUUUUCUGUACCCUUCCAAAUUAGCUUAGUGAAAAUGCAACUCUUGGAUGAAAUGAGGUUGCAGUCCAACAGGGGCGGAGAACGUUUUUCAGUCCAGGGGCCACAUUCCAUCAUGGGAAGCCUUUUGGGGGCCACUUGCAAGUGGUCGGUGGACCCUGAAGCAAAAGUGGGUUGAACAAUUAUUAAUAUGUUUACAUGCUACUUUUCUGCCUGAAAGGGACUCAAGGUGGCUUACAGCUAAAAUAGAAACAGCAAAAAAUAUGGGGAGGGGGGACUCAGUCAUUAAAAACAAUUAAACUUCAAUGGAAUUAAAAUGUGUGUGUGUAUGUAUACAGGUCAUUACAAUAAAAACAGACAGCACCAGCCCUUUCUGUACAGUCAGUUCCCAAAAGAAAGUAUUCACCAAGAGCGUGAGACUCUUACUCUCAGAUUCCUGCAUCGUAGGUGGUUGGGCCAGAUGACCCUCUUGGUCCCUUCCAACUCUACUAUGAACCUGCCAGUGGAAGGACAACAAGGAGGGAGCCAGUCUAAUUUCUCUAGGAAUGGGAAUUCCAAAGUUUGGGAGCAGCCACCGGGAAGGCCCUCUCUUACAUCUCUACCAAGCGCGCCUGUGAGGGUGGAGGGAUUGAGAGAAAGCCAUUGCCUGAAGAUCUUAAAGCCCAGGCAAGUUCAUAUGAGGGAAUAUGGUCUUUCAGAAAGCCUGGACCUAAACCGCAUAGGGAUUUAUAGGUGAUAACUAUCACUUUGAAUUGUGCCUGGAAACAGACUGCUAACCUGUGGAGCUGUUGUAGCAAGCCAUAACCAGCCCCCGGUCAACCAUUGGGCUGCAGCUCUGUGAGCCAGUUGAAGUUUAUGAGCACUUUUUGAAUGCAGCCCCACACAGAGCAUGUUUCAGUAAUCCGAAUGGGGUGUAACUAAGGCGUGUGUCACCGUCGCCAAAUCAGGUAUCUCAAGGAACAGGCUUCUUUAUGCAAUAGGCCACAUUCCAGGCAUGUGGAAGCCAGAGCUUUUUGUGCGUAAACACACACACGUACUUUUCCAUCUGCCAACCAGCCGGCAGGAGGCAUUAUCAAAGUUCAAGGACACUUUCCAACAAGGAAAAGCCCCUGAUGUGGGUGCAGAGUACUGCCAGUGAGAGGCAUGGCCGGGGAGGGGUGUAUCCUAGGGGAAAGUCCCAAGGGCCAGAUGGAAAGGCCUAGAGGGCCGCAUUUGCCCCCAGGUCUGAGGUUCCCUACCCCGUAUAUUUCUUCUAAGUGCAUUAAUACAGGUUUGCACUGAGGAUCUGCAUCGUGGCCUAGGCUUCCUUCCUCGCUGAUGUCUUGUGCCUUUUUUUUUUUGUUCUCGCAGGUGGAUUGGAAUUCUUGUUUUGUACUCCAUCCACAAAGGGCAGUUUAACUGCGCCGGUGGAGUGUUGCUGCACAGUUACCUGCUGGUCCUCCUCAUUCUCCUGGCAGCCAUAAUAUGUGCUUUGUGUUCUAUUUUGUAUGUCAGCAUGCAAGGUGAGUGGCAUUCUGCAAAGCAUUACAAUUGUUUAGCCUGUAUGAAAAGCAAAGUGAUGCCCGUCCAAACUGCUCUUAGACUGCCAAUAAAGAGGCUUGGCUUUCAGCAUUAAUGCAGCAAAGGUGGCUGGGGAGGCCAAGUUCUUGUUAUUAUUAUUAUUAUCCUGAAUGCCUUGGCUCCCAAACAAAUCAGCUCCCGAACAAUCAAAACCCAGAAGUGAGUGUUCUGGUUUUCGAACGAUUUUCGGAAGCCGAACGUCCGACGGGGCCUCCGCUGCUUCCGAUUGGCUGCCUUGGUUUCCGAACUUUUUGGAAGUUGAACGGACUUCCAGAACGGAUUCCAUUCAACUUCCAAGGUACGACUGUAUGUCUUUUAGGUGGUGAGCUCACAGCAGGCAACUAUUUUGUGGUGAGUGCAUCGUGCAGCAUCCAGCAAAUGACAAUUCUCGGUGUUCAGUUGAAAUAAUGGCAGCAAUGUUUGGAGAUUGGUUAGUAAUAAUUCUUUCCCCUCGAUUAUUAAAACUCAGCCAGAGGAAAAAUAUUUCAUUUUUAAAGCAGUUCAGGGAUGGUGCAUUUUCCCUUCCUCCCAUGGGAGACAUGGCAGCACUCACCCGGUUACCUGCAUUUAGAUGUCAGGUUAAGACUUAUUUUGUGCUUCAGGCCUUUGGAAAUGGCCCAGUUAAGAAGGGCACUCCCCCCCCUGCUCCUGGAUUGCUGUUUUACAAUGCACGUUGGUUUUAGGGGAUAUUGCCGUAUUACAUUUUAAUGAAUAGUUUGCAUGCUGCCCAAAGGGCUUUCAGGCUGAAGGGUGGGAUAUAAAUGUAAUAAAUAAUAACCUUUGGAGUUUGUGUCAGUUAUUUUUUUAUUGGUAAUAAAAGGUCGUAAGUUUUACUAUUUAUUAAAUGUGUGCUAUUCAGAACAUAUUAUGUAUACAUGUGCGUAUGUCCCAUUAGAGGGGUGUGUGUGUAUCAUGUUUGUGUGUGUUGUAUCCAUUUGUGCAGCCAAAUUUUGCCCUCCUCACUUCUCCCCUGCAGCCCUCCAGAUAUUCUCAGAAUCUGCUCUGGAGGGUUGAGGGUUCACGGGGAGAGGACAGAACAGUCCCAUUGGACACAGUCCAUAUAAAAUCUACAAUAGUGUGUGUUCUGUAUUGUAGUCAUUUUCAUCAGGAAUAAUUUUAUUAUCAACAGACGGUAUAGGUAUUUUUAUUUAAUUAUUGCAUAUCAACUCUGUUAUAAGUGUGUUUCCCAUCCCAAAUGGUCAGGUUCAGUGCCGUAUGUUGUUAUCAGCCGAUCAAUGGCUUAUCGCCACAAUUGCUUUGCUCCACCGCAAUUUUUGGAGGUUGCUGGGAAUCAUGAGUGGGGCAAGUGCUGUUAUGCUUCGGUCCUGCUUGUGGGUUUCCCAGAGGCAUCUCCCUCGGGAGGUGGCAGGCUCUCUUUCUUUAGGGGGUUUUCAAGCAGAGUUCGGAUGGCCAUCUGCCAUGGAUGGAUUAGAUUCCUGCCUUGCAGGGGGUUGGACUAGAUGAGUCUUAGGGGUCCCUUCCAACUCCACAGUUCUAUGAUUCCAUGAUCUGGUUGGCCACUGUGAAAACAGGAUGCUGGACUAAAUGGGCCAUUGGCUUGGUCCAUGGAUUCUUACGUUCAUGCAUUACCUUCUGGAAUUGGACGCAUCUUUGCACCUUGCAUUGCAGGAUUUAUUCCCUUAUCUAGAGACGAAGCCCUAAAUCUAGAAUAAUGUUGUGUUUAGUUUGUUAACUAGGACAGUGGACACCUAGGUUCUGCCUGGGUGAGGCGAGAGCAGCUGCCGCUCAUCCUUGUUAACACUAAACCUUGGUUUGGCAUUACAUGCGGGCGCAGCCUUUGUGUCUUUGGUGAUACAAACUGAAUGGGCUUGCUUUCUUGGAAUUUGUACAGACAUAGUUCACCACUUAAUAAUAAUAAUAAUAAAUUUUUAUUUAUACCCAGCCCUCCCCAGCCAAGACCGGGCUCAGGGCGGCUAACAACCAAUAAUAAAAACAAGCUGAUUGAAAUACAACUUAAAAAACAGGAUUAGAAUACAACAUUAAAAUGCAGCCUCAUCACAGGAGGAGAAAGGAAAAAAGAAAGAGGGGGAAGGAAUCAAAUUUAUUCCAAGCCAAAGGCCAGGCAGAACAACUCAGUCUUAUAGGCCCUGCGGAAAGAAAUCAGAUCCUGCACUUUAUGCAUUGUGAAUACUAUAAACAAUACCUUCUAACUGGAGAAAGAUCGAGAUCCUUAGUUUCGUUUCAUGCACACUCUUCUCUCUCUCUCUUAGAUGAAUGUUCAAAGGCUGCUGCAAGGCUUAGCUUGCAGCCCCAUGUCCACUUAACCUGGGAGCAAGCCCCCAUUGAAUUCUGUGGAGGCUAUGUCUGAGUAGACAUAUUUAGGAGUGUUCCACUAUACUGCUGUGAAGUGUUUAUUAGGGCUAGCUUAUGCUAUCUGUUUGACAUGCCCAUAUGUGAAUAUCUUCCCUUUAUCCAUAUUAACACAUUGCUUUAUUGCUUGUGACGUAGUCAUUAUCUGCAAAGUUUGUCUUCCUGUUUUUUCCCCUUUUUCAGAGGUAUGGGCAAUGUUAUGUACUGAAGUUCUCACCCUGGGCCAGCAGGGGGAUACUGUAGAUAGUUAUGCAAAUGAAGGAUCGAAAGUGACGUUCAGUGAUUGGAUAGUUUAGAAAGUUGUUACAGUAACGUGGUACUGGAGCUCUAUAUAAGCAGGCUGACUGAGCCCUUCAGUUCAGUUCUGUCCUGGCCUGUGAAUAAACAAGAGCUGUUUGAAGAAUCACUGUGUCGUCUGAUAUGUUCACCCACAACUUAACAGGCAACAUGAACAUUUAGGCCAUAAUUAUGCUUGCAAUGUCCCUUUUGAAACCAGAGAAACCAUUUUAUGCUUCUUACUUCAACUGUACCUUUCAGGAACCAUUUCCAACCCUGGGCCAAGAAAAUCUCUUCCUAAACUGCUGUAUCUGCGCUUGGCCCUCUUCUUGCCAGAGCUGGUCUGGGCUGUUGUCGGAGCCAUAUGGGUGUCGGACCGCAAAGUGAAUUGCGAAGGGGCUAUGAUAAGUGCCAUAUUUGGAACAGUCAUUGCCAGGUAAGGAUGUUCAGCUGCCUCCGCCUAGGUGUGUCUGGGUUGGGUGUUAGCACACCUAAGCAUCCUUGCCCAAUCUGGUGGCUUCCACAUAUUGUUGGGCUCCCAACUCUCAUGCACCCCAGCCAGCAUGGCUAAGGGUCAGGGAUAUUGAGAGUUAUAUUGUCGUUUAUAUUUAUUAGAUGCUUUCCUCACUAAAGUGACCCAAGACAACGUAUACAGUAUAAGGUUGCAGGGAACCAGGCAGAGGGCCUUCUUGGUAGUGGUGCCCGCCCUGUGGAACGUCCUUCCGUCAGAUGUCAAAGAAAUAAACAACUAUCUGACAUCUGAAGGCAGCCCUGUUUAGGGCAGUUUUUAAAUGUUUGAUGUUUUAUCGUGUUUUUAAUCUUCUGUUGGGAGCCGCCCAGAGUGGCGGCAGCCGCCCAGCCAGAUGAAUGUGUGUGUGUGUAUAAUACGUAUUAUUAUUAUUAUUAUUAUUUAUUAACACAAAAACCAAUAACAACAAACAAUAGCUACGAACACCUAAAAAAAUGUAUCUCUACAAAAGCAGACCGGUCUUACAGAUCCUGCCCCACUAAAAGAGGCUGCAAAUACAGUGGUACCUCAGUUUACGAACUUAAUCCAUUCUGGAAGUCUGUUCUUAAACUGAAAUCAUUCUUAAACCAAGGCGCGCUUUCCCUAAUUAGGCCUCCCCCCGCCGGCGCCCUUCCACUAUUUCCGGUUUUGCGAAGUUUGUAAACCAAAUCGUUCUUAAACCAGACUGUUCUUAAACCGAGGUACCACUGUACUUGAAAGUACUUAAGGACUAAAAUCCUGGGGGAGAAGAAAGUUUUUGCUUGAUGCCUAAAAAUAAAGAUGGUGCCUGGCAGGCCUCCCUGAAGAGAGCACACCACAAGCAGAAGAGCCACCAUUUUGGGGGGGGGACCGUUCUUGUGUUGCCACACUCCUGUGGAUGAGGCACACACAGAAGAGCCCCAGAUUACAAUCACAGGGUCUGGGUUGGUUCAUUGAGGAGAGGUGGCCCAUAUAGUUCAACAACAUCUGGAGAACCCCAGAAUAGGAAAAGCUGGUGUACUGUAUUUUUCCAUCUAUAAGACGCCCCCAUGUAUAAGACGCUCCCUAUUUUUGGAGACUCAGAUUUUAAAAAUUUUUGGGGGAGAUGUAUCCGUGUAUAAGACACCCCCUAAUUUUUCACAUUAUUUUUUAGGGGGGAACCUAGUCUUAUACAUGGGAAAAUACGGUAAUUGGAUAUUUCUGUUCAAUUACAUACAGUUCUUGGACGUGGAUUAUCUUGAGGCCUCUUCCAUUGCCACUGGUCUGGGAAAAUCUUGAGGCGGUUGCAGGCAGGAGUUCCCCAGGGCUCACUUCUCAAAACGCAUCUCCUGCGCAUGCUUCUGUCCACCACUAACCUCUCCCAGUGCAAACAUUGUGGUGGGUUUUCCCCCUUGUUUGUUGGAACUUGGAAUUUCUUGGCGCAGGUUUCUAGCACAUAUGAACUGAGCUGGCGUGUUGUGAACAGUCCUCGUUAGUCAGAGUUCAUACAAUUCUUCCAUUCUGCCCGGCAGCUGGAUUAUCAUUGUUUUUACCGUGGCGGCCAUCGUCAUCGUCUUUGACCCGCUUGGCGGAAGGAAGACGGUGUACCUUCCCGAUUGCGCCAGUCGCGACCUGGAGAGCAGCCAGUCAGGCCAGCUGUUUUACAAUGUUAAGAAGUCUGCGACUCGCGUCUGGGAGAAAAGAAUCCGAUUGAUGUGUUGUUGCAUCGUGCAAGAUGACGACCACCGAGUCGCUUUUACAACCAUUGCUGAGCUUUUCCGCACCUACUUCUCGGUAAGAAGGAAAUGCUUGCUUUUCCCCAUUUUUUUUCCAGAGAAAGGGGCCCAAGGUGGGCUUAGGGGUGAUGGACAUAGGGGUCAUCUCUGAUAAUAGGCCAAGCCACAUGAGCAGCCCUAAUAAUAUCUGGGGAAGAGGGUAAAGAGUUUGCUCUUUGUUCGUAAUGGUGAUAUGUCUCUCAUAUAUGUGCUUUUAAAAAUAAUUCGCUGUGUGUGACAUCAAGCAUGUUGAAAAGGGACCGAUCCGAUCGCAUGUCUGUCUUUUGCUCCUCAGUACCUUUUGCAUGUGAUACUGAGGUUCUCUGUACAGGCGACUCCUAAUUUCUGUGGGGGUUUCGUUGCAAGGGACCGCAUGUUUAAGUGAAAUCAGAUAUAUUUGAAACGCCACUGGAAAAGCCUGCAAACACCCCAUUCCGCCCCUUUUCCUGAGGUUUUUGGGUCACUUCUGGGCUCAGCGCAUGCGUGAUUCUGCUCAUAUUGGAUGUGCCAAAUACAGUCGCUGCCUGUAAAUGUUUUUGUUUUCUUCUGAACGUAUCUGUCACUUUCUCUCUGCAGGACACCGACUUGGUGCCAAGUGACGUUGCAGCGGGACUGACUCUUCUUCACCAAGAGCAAGAUAAAGUGGAAAAUUGUCCCAAGGAGCCUGAAGAAAUUAUUACUCAGUCACCAUUAACUCCUAUGGUAAGACUGCUGGAUGUUUUGAACUCGUCGUUCGGGUUCAGAUGCUACAUAUAUGCUCGGAUCUUCCGGGGAGGGAAACUCACCUCUGAGGGCCCUGUCUGGUGGGGCACCUCUUAAAAUUACCCACAAUUGAUAUAACCAUACCCAUGUUCAUCACCAUAGCCACCUUCACUCUCUGUUCCUUCCCCAGACCGACGAUUUGGAUGCAGAAUUAGAAAAUGCUGCUCACUACAUGAAGUUUGCCGUGGCUACUUACGGUUGGGCCUACUACAUAAUGGCAAACCCUUUUACAGGCCUCUGUAAGCUUAAAGGAGACUGGUAGGUUGAGGCACUGUCUAAAACAGGUUGGCAAAUUUAAUUCUUUAAUGUGGCAUGUUAAACGCGAGUAUUAAAUGUGGUGGCUCAUCGUAUAAGAAAGUUGCUGUUUGCAGUGUAGCUUUUGAGAGAGCUCUACUCUGAGGGUUAACUUGUUAACAUGUCAAAAUAUUAUUGAUGUUUUUCAAAGAAUUGCUAGCUUUUUAUAUAGGUUCAAAAAGCUUGGAAACAGAUAAUGGGUGGUGUAAACUGAGCUGUAUAACCGGGCUGUUUAAAAAAUAAAAUUGAUCUUCAUAAUGUAGGGGCGGGGAACCUGAUGCUCAGGGGCCAAAUGUGGCCCCCAGGCCUCUCUGUGUGGCCCUUACGUCAUUCCCCAGGCCGCAACCCUCACUGGCUCUCCUUGGCAACUCCGAUGUUUUUACCUGUCUGGGAAUGUGUGCUUAAACUCUGACAAUGCCUCUUGCUUGCCUGAAUGGGGGACUGAGUCACAGGAGUGGACAUAAGAAAAUCCCCGGUAGAUCAGAUGAAAAUCCCAUCUAGUCAUAGAUAGGAUCAUAGAGUUGGAAGGGACCCUGAGGGUCAUCUAGUCCAACCCGCUGCAGUGCUGUCCCAUAUGGGGAUCGAACCUUCAACCUUGGCGUUAUCAGUACCACGCUCUAAGCAAUGGAGCUACCCCAGCAUUUUGUCCCCACAUUGGCCACAAUUUGGACGUGUGUGCAACAGCACUCUUCGCACUUGUGAUUCCCAGAAACUGGUAUUCAGAGACACGUUGCCCCUGGUUGCAGAGUUUUUCUGCCUUCCCUUUUAUUCUCCUUGCCCUCUGGUUAUCCUUGCACCUGUGAGGUAGGUCAGUUGGAGAGUUUGAGCAACUGGCGCAAGGUCACCUAGCUGGCUUUGUGCCUGAGUGGGGGAUUUGAACCCUACUCUCCCAGGUCCUUGUGGGUUGCUCCAACCUGGUCUUGUCAGUGUGGCAUCCUCAUUCGAUUCAAAAUCCCAUAAACCCCAGCCAGCUUGUCCAGUAGCCUUAUAUGAUGGGAGUCAAAGUCCACCAACAUCUGGAGGGAUGUAGGCUCCUCAUUCUGCAUUAGGAAUGAGAACCCAGAGAUUGAUUGAUAGGUGAGGACAGUCCCUCUUACAACUGGGGCGGGGGGAAAUGAUAUUUUAACUUGAUUUCCUAUGUUUCUGUUAUGCAAUUUAAGAAUUUGUAAUGCAACCUACGCUGGUUUUACUCGAUAGCAAGUCCCACUGAGAUCAGUAGCACUUACUCCCCAUUUCCCUUUAUGACUCGCAACGCUGUAGUGGUUAGAGUGCUGGACUCGGACCAGGUUUCGAAUUCUUACUCAGCCAUGAUGCGCACUGGGUGACCUUGGGCCAGUCACUGUCUCUCAGCCAAACCUACCUCGCAGGGUUGUUGUGAGGGUGGGAAUAAAUGAGGAGGAGAUGUACAGUAUGCAUGCCACCUUGAACUCCUUGGAGGAAAUAGGUAAAGGUAAAGGGACCCCUGCCCAUUAGGUCCAGUUGUGGCCGACUCUGGGGUUGCGGCGCUCAUCUCGCUUUAUUGGCCGAGGGAGCCGGCGUACAGCUUCCGGGUCAUGUGGCCAGCAUGACUAAGCUGCUUCUGGCGAACCAGAGCAGCGCACGGAAAUGCCGUUUACCUUCCCGCCGGAGCGGUACCUAUUUAUCUACUUGCACUUUGACGUGCUUUCGAACUGCUAGGUUGGCAGGAGCAGGGACAGAGCAACGGGAGCUCACCCCGUCACGGGGAUUAGAACAGCCGACCUUCUGAUUGGCAAGUCCUAGGCUCUGUGGUUUAACCCACAGCGCCACCCGCGUCCCUUGGAGGAAAUAAUGGGAUAUAAAUUCAUUAAAUAAACAAAACUGACAUGCUAGCAAUCUUCAAAAGAAUCCUUGUGAGAGGCUUCUUUUACUUGGGAAGUGUAGCCGAUUUGAAUUUUGCAUGUCUCAUUAUUUCUUCUUCUGUCUUCAAUUUAUGAAGUUGUAGAAGCAGCCCAAUAGAGACUGAUAUAAUCGGCAGCGAUCGUCUUAACAUGAAUUUUGGAGCGAUCUUAAAAAUCACAGGACUUCAGUACAGAGAUUUCAUUCACAUCAGCUUCCACAAUAAAGUAAGCCGUUGGAACAAAAAUAAACCGAAUUGGUUCUUAGUAAUUUCUUGAUUAUUUUUAAAGUCUGGAAAUGAAAAGGGGCUUUCCACUCAGGCCGUUGAUGUCAGUGGUUAGGGACCCAACCAGGAUGGCUGAAACAUAGUUUGAAACAGAAAGCAGCCUAUAAUAGACAACAAGCCUAUUCGACAAGGUUGGGGCAGUUGCAGCAAGAAUGCUCUCUGCUUUAACAUGGUGACGAAGGAACAAAAUUCUUUCAAAACACAGAGGGUGGCAUCCAAUGCACUUUUCCACUAGCACAAGGAUUUACACUUGUGCAACCGAACUCUAUCCCCCCCCAUACCCUGUGCCUUCCCCAAAACUUCUCUGAAGGGUUGAUGGAACCUCCAGAAAAUAUUUAGGGGGCACUUGGGGGAGAGGAUAGGGAGGGGAAGUUCCAUUGCACAGCCCAAAGUCCUUGUACUGAUGGGACGAGUUUGUUGAAUGAGCGGCAGGUUUAAGAGGUACCACUGGACAUAAAAACAGUGCUUUUUCUGGGGGGACGCAGGGGUACACAUGCCCCAAAACAUUUUGUGAAUCUUUGUACUUUUGUCCAUUUACUGUACAGCCGUACCUUGGUUUUCGAACAGCUUAGUUCUCGAACGUUUUGGCUCCUGAACGCCGCAAACCUGGAAGCGAGUGUUCCGGUUUGCAAACUAUUUUUGGAAGCCGAAUAUCUGACGGGGCUUCCGAUUGGCCACAGGAGCUUCCAGCAGCCAAUCAGAAGCUGCACUUUGGUUUUUGAAUGUUUUGGAAGUCGAAUGGACUUCCGGAACGGAUUCUAUUCGACUUCCAAGGUAUGACUGUAUUUGAACUAUCAAAUGGUGGUUUUCUUGAGUAAAAAUGAGAGUACCCCUAAACAUUUUAAUGGAAAAAAAGCACUGCAUAAAAAUAUGCUUGGCCUGUGGGACUCGCUGCCUCAUGACAUUCAAUAGCCAGUGCCAUAACAGACUUUUAAAAAAAGAUACGUAACUCUGUAGAGGCUGGAUCCAUCAGCAGUUACCAGGAGGAGCCAAUGAAGCAGGAAUUGCAUGGAAACCAUCUCUCAAGGAUGCUGUAGCUGCAUCCUGCAUUGAGCAAGCAGGGGGUCAGACUGGUGUGACUGGUUUCCAUGCAAUUCCCACCUCGUUGGCUCCUCAUCCCCCAGGCAGUCCUCAUCAUCUAUCAGUCAGAGAGAGGGGCUGACUUCUCCCUGCUUGACAAGCCUUCCAGAGGCAUUUAGAUGACGCAGUGGCUGAGCUAAGCGGACCACUGGCAUGACCCAGUGUGGAAGAUCUCAUGCUCCCAUGCCCGCCCUUGUGUUUUUUAGAUUUAUGAGAUCCCAUUCUACAUUGCACUGGAUCACAAAAAAGAGGCCGUCGUCGUCGCUGUGAGAGGAACCCUGUCAUUUGAGGUAAUGUCUAUUUCAUAAAAUUGAAAAAUUGGGAGCACGGCUUACAUUACUUUUUGUUUUCUAUGGCUUGGCAUGGAUAAUUGCUGGCGAGUUGUUACAGAAAUAUUAGUUCUGAUGUGUUGGCUCAACAAACAUCAGUUGGGGAUUCUAGCUGGGACUUUUAACAUCUAGGGCAGAGGUAGGCAAUAUGGUGCCUUCCUGGUGUUAACUGGAUUUCAGCCUCCCAUCAGUCCCAGGCAGGAAUUAUGACAGUUGUCAUCCAGCAACACCUGGAGGGACAAAGUCAGCCGCUGCUACUCUAGUAUGAAUGGGAAGUUUAUAUAGGAAUAACUUGUCUGUACAUCAUCUAAAUGCGUGGCGCAUCCCUGUAUAUCGCAUUUCUAUUAUAAUCACCACCAGUUGCAUUUUCAGUGGAUUUCAAAAUAGUUUGGACACCUUUGUGUGCACGAUGAACCAGCAGCAUGUAUGCAAAACCCUGUAGUGCCAGAUGUAGUACUUGGCAUGAGAAUCCUUUUCUUAUUUUUUUAUUUAUUUACUUUUUUUAAAAAAAAGAAUUAAAUAUCUUAAGAAAUACUAUGCAAGAAGUCAAAUGUAUCAGGUAUAUGCAGCAAUACUUUCCACUUCAUAUAUCUCAGAAGUCUAAUCUCAUUACUUCUUUUACUGAGAAGUGUAUUCCAAAAAAUAAAAUAAAAUAAAAACCUCACUGAUUUUAGCUAUGAUACCUUAUUUGGGCUAUCUCUUUCCUUUGCUUGCUAUAUUAUUAUAAACAGUGCCCUCCAUAGCCCAUAUAAUCAGCCAAGCAUUUUUAAAAUAUAGUUUUAUUAAAUAUUUUCUUUGGUUACAAAAGCACGUGCUUUGUUUCUUUCAGCCAAGCAUAUUUGUUUUGGGUUUUGUUUUUUUUUUUAAAAUGAGCAAAUACAUACAAAUCAAAACUUUGAAAUGUGAAAAGUAGAAAAAAGAUUUUAAAAGGUUACAAAGAACAAAAAAAGAAAGAAGAAAGAAGAAAAGCAGAAGUCUAAAUAAAUUACAUAAACUAAUACAAUUAAAUCUUAAUGAAGAUCUGAAAAGAUCAUAGAUGGAACAGCAUUCAUUUAUUCAUUAUUUAAACAGUUACCUCAUACAUAUUGUCUGUUUUCCUAAGAAGCUAACACUUCUUGGGUAUUUCAUUUUUCAUAUUCUUUUGUUCUUUGGACUGCCAAGCCAAGCCAAGCAUAUCUGAUUCCUCCACAGUCUUGGUCAGUUUCUGUGAAGCCAAAAUGAGUGCCCUCCAGAUGCCAUUGGACUACAAUUCCCAUCAGCCCCAACCAAGCACGGUCAAUAGGAUGGUGGGAAUUGUAGUCCGCAGCAUCUGGCGGUCACAAUGCUGACAGCCCAUGCUCUAGAUGUUAACAUGCCUUCCAGAAUAUCUUGAGUAUAAAAGCCCCUGCCAUCUGAUGUCCAGUGGUGUCAACUCGGCAAGAAGGUAUCCCUGAUCCUGGCAGUGGGUGGUGUUCUUUGUGUAUGUUUGGCAGGCAGCCAAAAUGCUGAAACUGCAUUUCCUUUAUUUUGCAUGCAGGACGUCCUCACAGAUCUCUCGGCAGAUUGCGAAAACUUGACAUUGGAAGACGUUCUGGAAAACGGUUUUGUGCAUAAGGUCAGCAGGUAGUUCUAUGACAACUUUGCAAAGCCCUGGAGAUCCAAAACUCUUUGUUCCUGUGUGUACAGUGAGACGCUGGGCAGACUCCCAGGGGAUCCAGAUAAAGGGUCUCAUGCUCUACCGACUGAGCUAUGGAUUUAAGCACAUAUUGCAAACACAAACGAGCUUUCAAACUGAGACACUGUUUUUUUGUCUCCUAGGGGAUAACCCAGGCCGCCAACUAUAUUUACAGAAGGCUAAUAAACGACGGGAUUCUGAACCAAGCCUUCACAAUUGCUCCUGUAAGUUGUUGCUUCCAAACUCUGGGCGUGCAUCCGCCUUGCCUCCAACCUACUCUCCAACGUGUUCUGUUGCAAGCAUUUAGCUGAGCUGCUCAGUUCAUCAAUAUUUCUGUUUGUGUCGUAGCCCUUUCUAUGUUUUUUAUCUCUAGGAAUACAAACUAGUUGUCGUCGGCCACAGCUUAGGAGGGGGAACGGCCUCCAUUUUGGCGAUCAUGCUCAAAAACGCAUUCCCCAAUGUGCGAUGUUACGCCUUUUCUCCACCAGGGGGUUUAUUAAGGUAAAUUAUAUUAAUUUUCUUUCUCCAUUUCAGGACAGAAAUCUGUUGGCAAAUAGAGCAAGGGAGCCCAACCUAGCUUAGCAUGGUGAGCUUUGAGAAACCAGGGGACAUGAAAUGAUGUAAAGAUAACUUGGGUCAAUUUAGGAAGAACUUAUGUGAAUUGAACUGGUUUGGUUCUGCAUAUAGAUUUCUCCCCUGUAAGAGAUGGAUUGGUUUAAAAAAUGAACUACGAUUCCUCUAGUUUAUUUCAGACUCCUUUUAUUAAGUGUAGCGUGUCCAUCCCCCUCUAUCCACAACGAUCUGAGUGGGUAACAACAUUGUGUUCUUGAAUAACUAGUAAGCAAUGAAAAAUAAAUUGGCUCUGAUAAUGAUAUGGCUCUUUUUAAAAAGCAAAUAAAUUAAAAGCACAAGGAGACCAUUAUUGCUCCAGACUUGGUCAUCCGCAGAGAGGUUUCUGCAUCUAAGAUCAGAUAGGAUCAUCUGUAUAAAAGAACAGAACGGCUUUCCACCCUAUGUGAUCCCUCCUGCCCAUCUGCUUCCACAUGUACACAGACCUGUACAUGUGGGAAUGGUUUAGUAAUCGACACAAGGUUCCUUUCCCCCCCUUGAGCUCAACAAAGUUGGUACUGGGACUGUGCAAGUGGAACAGCUUCCCCGCAAAUGGAAGCCCUGCAUGGCGCACAGGCAAGCAAUGUGCAGAGAUCUAUUAAUGGGCAAAUACUGUAUCUUUGCGUGCAUGUCUAUAUGUGUGCAUUAUGCGCAUGAAAAGGCGAACCGUUUUCUUGGAAGACAAUUCUACAAAAUGCUGGUCCAAAGAGAAGGUCUUGCACUCUGCAAAGCAUUCCACUUGUUCUGACUUCUUUUUUUAAAGGGGAGGAGACAUGAUUGUGGUGCAAACAGCGGUAAUAUUUGGUCAUAUUUUAUUUACCAGUGAUAGAAGAUGCUCAGUGUAAUUUUCUCUUGCUUAAGAGCCUUUUCUGAAUGAAGUAAUUUGGAGCACUUUUAAAACUCUUGUAAUGCAUGUCUGUAUAAGGAAACUGACAGUAGGUUUCAGUUAGCGUUUCUUUUCUUUAACACCCUCCUUUUCUUUUUAAGCAAAUCACUUGCGGACUAUACUAAGCAGUUUAUCAUAUCUGUCAUUGUCGGGAAAGACGUUGUUCCAAGGUAAGGAUGCAGCUUACUUGCUGAUUCAGUUUGAAAGUGAUAUCCUUGGUCAGAUGGCUUAACGAGUGCUUAUCUCCUUCCCCCUCAUUGUUGUGUACCAAACAGGCUAAGCAUGCCCAACAUGGAAGACCUAAAAAGAAGGAUCAUUAGGAUAGUUGCCAACUGUAACAGACCCAAGGUAAAAAUACAAACCGUUCUUAUUUGUUCUAAAAAUCUGAAUGCUGUUUUAAUGGCCACAACCUCUGCGAACACAAGGUAUAUGUUAAAAUUCUCAACAAGUAUACAUAAAACGAGAUGCAGGUGGCGCUGUGGGUUAAACCACAGAGCCUAGGACUUGCCAAUCAGAAGGUUGGCGGUUCAAAUCCCCGACGGGGUGAGCUCCUGUUGCUACCCGGUCCCUGUUCCUGCCGAAAGCACGUCAAAGUGCAAGUAGAUAAAUAGGUACUGCUCCAGCUGGAAGGUAAACGGCGUUUCCGUGCGCUGCUCUGGUUCGCCAGAAGCGGCUUAGUCAUGCUGGCCACAUGAACCGGAAGCUGUACGCCGGCUCCCUCGGCCAAUAAAGCGAGAUGAGCGCCGCAACCCCAGAGUCGGCCACGACUGGACCUAACUGUCAGGGGUCCCUUUAGCCUUUAUAUGUAAAACCUGUCGUUUAAAUAUAUGCAUUAUUUUUGUAAAAUAAAGCCGCCCGUUAAGAUACAUGUCAGCCAUGUAUAACUGGGCAGGCAAACAAAAAAACCUUUUUUUAGCAAGCACUGAAAACCAAUGCAAACCAAUGCAAGGAGUUUCAGGGUGCAGCUCCUGUCACACUGAAAAAGAUACUCAUUACUAGUGCGAAAGAGACGCUGCAUGGCCCUUGUAAAAGUAUUAGUUCCACAGAUUGAUGGGGUGGCCAUGUAUUGGGAAAGGUGGUCCCUUAGGUAAACUGGUCCCAAGCUGUUAAGAGCUUUGGCUCAGGAUCAGGUUCAGCCAGUUCAGAACUCUGAGCACAGGUAUUAUGUGCUGACAGGGUCUCACUCCUGUCGGCAAACGUGUUGCAGUUUCUGGACCAAGUGCAAGGGAAGUCCCAGAUAUAAUGUGUUGCAUUAGCCCAGUCUUCACUUCCUCCCUAGACCAAGCCCAAUAAUUGCUGACGCAGGUGUACUUGUAGGGAUUUUCAUAUGCAGUUAGUUGUAUAUAGUGGUGAAAGGAUUUGGGAUUCUAGAGAUCAUGUGCAUUAGAUGCAGAAAAUUCCAUUCUAGGUUGACUCUGGCAUCUUCCCAGUUCAAAAGCGCUUUCGUGGCAGGGCUGGGAAGGAUAUUGUGGAGUUGUUGCUGUUAUCAGUCAGGACAGCCAGAAAUAAAUAAAGUUUCAUUUUCCUCAGUCAGUAGCCACCUGUGCUACCCAGGAAGUUUCAAAAGCAGUUUUUGACAUGGCAUCGAAAGACAGAGUCAUACUCGCUAGGAUAUUAUAGACCUAUUCCAUGAGCCUAGCAGUCUGUUUGACUCCAGUCCGUUAGUAACGAUGAAGCUGUCUGUCAAAGAUGUCUGAGAUUUCACUUUUUUGCUCUGAUAUGCAUUGUGGGAGCAGGGAAGUAAUUGCACAGGCGUCAUACUUUUGGAAUAACAGCACAGAAUUAUUGUGGGUGUAGAUGUUCUUAAAAACUUCUCUGCACAAACUGAAAUGAUCCCACUUAGCCAAAUGGCUUCGCGGUUUCUCAUAUGCUCUCCUUUUGUCUUUCAAUUUCUCCUUGCACAGUACCAGAUCCUGCUACAUGGCUGUUGGUAUGAAGUAUUUGGAGGAGAGCCUGAUAACUUUCCAACGGAACUGGAUGGUAGAAACCAAGAUGCUUUGACUCAGCCUCUUCUAGCUGAAGAAAACUUAAUGGUUCAUCAGUCUCCUUCUUACACUACUCUAGGUGGCGACUCGCCUUUAAGCUCUCCGGCUCAGUAUCCGCGCCUCUUUCUCCCUGGGAGAAUCAUCCACAUUGUAGAAGAAAGCAGCACAAAGAGGUAAACGACUAACCUGUUAUCAGUGACCCCGUGCUCCCCAGCCCUCUCUCUCUCUCUGCCCCGAAUCUGCAUUUACAUUCAGAAAACUCUUUUGGCAAGGAUUGAGUGAGGAAAGGUGCGGUGAGGAAAGGAAAGAUGUGGAAAUGUGGUGAAUGAAAGGUUUGAAUAAUGAUGAUGAUGAUGAUGAUAAUAAUGGUAUUGUGUGGCUCGCAGAACAUUUCCCUCAAUCUGACCAGGUGUCCCAAGAAGCUCAGUUGUUGCAAUUAUUUAUUAUCCUAAGCUAUAUGGAACAGUCUUUCAGAAAUCUAGCAUUUUGUUUAUUGAACAUAGGUGUAUACCACUUUUCUCAAACUCUAGGCAACUUACAUAAAAAUAAAGCAUCACAACAAAAGCAUUUUAGCAGGCAAAAUGCAGGAAUACAGAGCACCCUCUCACCCAUCAAGCCAGCCUCUUCAAAAUUCACCCCAGGUUGGGUUUGCAGCUUUUUCGGAAGUCCUUGAGAGAGGAGUUGUUUCUGAUAAAGGAAAUCAUCCCCAAAGCCUUAGGGCCCUUGCAUUGAAGGUUCUGCUCAAGGUCAUUGGACUACUUGACAUAAAAGGCGCAUAGCUUGACCCAGGCUUCCUCAACCUCAGCCCUCCAGAUGUUUGGAGACUACAAUUCCCAUCAUCCCUGACCACUGGUCCUGCUAGCUAGGGAUCAUGGGAGUUGUAGGCCAAAAACAUCUGGAGGGCCAAGGUUGAGGAAGCCUGGCUUGACCCAGAGAUUUUCACACUGAGUUAUGGAAGUUAAUGCAGAGAGACACCUCUCUUAACACUGGUUCCGGGCUUUGAAGGGCAUCAUAGGUGUGUACUAACACCUCACGUGUGUUUUUUUUGUAAAUAUGGUGUUGAUUGCCUAUCAAGCUAGCACUGUACUCACUGUACUUCAUACUAGCCAGUUGUUGUCUCAGUGAGAAGCAGAGGGCAAUCUAACUGUAGUUUUCUUAUGCCUUCAUUAUGCACUUUUUCCAGGGGCACAGUGUUUCAACGUGCCAUCUGUUUUGCUUAAAGCAGAAAAGGAACUUUUAUUUUUAACCACCACCUAAAAUCGCUGAUAGGGUUGAGGGAAGAGCUUGAGGACUCAUGUCCACUGGUUUCUUGCCCUAGACAGCCUGCUCCAUUUUUACAUUUGUAAUAAAACCUGCACAACUUCCCUGUCUCAGAUUUUUGUUGACCUCACAAAAACAGAAUCUAUUUUAAUAGCUUUCUCGAGCAGGGCAGCGUUAACACAUUUUCGGCACUGAAUAGUUGCAGAAAACUAUUUAUUACUGCAAGGUUUGGAAAACUUUUGAUAAGAACAUUAUUAAAACCCUGCCGCUGCCCCCCCAAAAACCCCCCUGCUCUUGCUGUAUUUUGCAAUUGAACAAUAUAGAAGUGAUUUUCUUACAGUACUGUAGUUUCCUUCCACAGGUUAAAAAAAAAAGUAACAUGCACUCAGGCAUCGAGGCUCGUUGGGUAGCUAUUCUUACUGUGUGUCAUAUUUUUUGCAUUGUGCCUCACCUCUUCUGAAUCGGUUUAGAUGGUGGUAUGUUUCUUUUUUAAAAAAAGCAAGUAAGGGAAAGUUUGUAAAAAGCAGGGGGGAUUGCAAAAAGAAAAAAAAAAUCAGUGAAACAGAGUAAUCUCCAAAAAAAGAAAAGCGGUGUGACGGUAUGAAAAAUUUCAAAGGGGGGGUAGUCAUUGCUAGGUACAGAGGGUGUUUCACAAGUGGGGUGCCAUACCACUCAAUAUUAUCAGCUGCUUCUUACAGAAUAUAUUGAGAGAAGCUCGCAUUCCUGUCUCAGCCCCUGGAUGGAGUGGCAUGGGAGAAGGGAGUCGUUUCACUGCCUCCUAAAAAAGUUGUCAUUGAGAUUACUCCUACAGCUGCUGGCAGUGCACUGCAGGUGGAAGUCACAGUCACAGGAGGCAAGUUGUCUUUCAGGAAGUUCAGGCAGAUCGUGUUGGCUUGGCUGCAGCUAUUUCUAAAAAUCAACUUCCUUUUCCUGUCUACCCUAGGAAAGAGGAUGCAGCCUUUUUUAACAGAACUUCCAAAAUCACGUGCACCAGGGAUGAGGAGCCUGUGGGCCUCUCCAUAUGGUGCCUGCUUCUCAACUCAUAGUGGGGCACAGAGGGCAGCCUAGCUGGUGGUCAGGUUUGGGGAGUUGCAGCCCAGCCUGAUCCACUGCUGGCAGGCAGUUCCUGAUAAGAUUGCCCCUGUCGGAAAUCAGCCAUCCACAAGGCAGGGAAAGGCUUCAAUGGCCGAGUUCAAAGUCCUGCUUGAGUGCUUGGAGCUACAUUAUGUAUUUACAAAGAUCAAUCAGUGUUUGAAAUAGCUGCUGAAAUCAGGGGUGCAAGUAUUCCACUGACACGUUGUCCUUUUUCCAGGUGGUGUUCUUCAGACGUCAAGUACACUGCAAGCUGGUCAAAAGAAACCGCCUUUGGUAAUAUUUUAAUAAGCCCCAAGAUGAUAACUGAUCAUAUGCCAGACAUCGUCCUCAAAGCUCUAAAUAGCUUGGCUCAGGAAAACGCGCCUUGCAUUUCUUGUCGAGCGCAAGGAGACUUUUCUACAAACAUUGUAUAAUUGAAGACAAAGAGGACAGCAGCCUAUCAAGUGUGUUUGGACAGGCAGGCCUUUCGUACUUAACUCAUGCCCCCAAAGUAGGAGCUGAGCGGGGCAGGUCUUCAACAUUUUCAGGACGAAGCAGAGGACACACUUCUUUGCAUUGCAGAGAUUUUUCUGGGGUCCUUUUCAAGGCGAGCUGUUUCACUUUAACAGAAGCAAGUGAGCCCAUCAUGAUUUCUAACCAUCAAUCAGUGGCAGCUGGUACAGAGAACUGCGAGGCUGAUGGGAAGGAAGGCAAGACUAGCAAGAGUGACCAUAUAGGUUCAUACUUUACGGUCUACCUCUGCCUUACAUCUGUUUCACAUAGCAGAGCUGGCCACUCCGCCAGGUUGAUAAAGCACUUGUAAAAAGGAGACAUGGGAAAAUGAAAAUAUUAAAUUGAAGACAACUCUACCACCGUUCCAGAUAUACAAAAGUGACACCCCCACCCCCCAAGAGGUGAGCUGAACUUCAGCCUAUUAUUGGCACUUCCCUUCAUGGCAGAAAUCUUGUUUUCUUUGCUGUUGAAGGAAGCCUGCAUUUUAUAACUUUUGUAGGCUUAAAUGCUACUUGGGUUCAUGUGCAAUAUUUGUCUACUUUUGCUUACUGUUCAGUGCUGCUGAAUGUGCAUAGAAGGGUUAAAUCCUUGCUUAUGGUAUUAUUCCACGUUGCCCCAUUCUAGGAGAAUUGUGAAAGAUCAUUUGGACUAGCUAUGUAAAAAAAGUUUCAAUUUUAAAAUAUCUCUACUUGCAAUCUUGUACAGUUAAAACGAUUGUGCAGCAAAUGAUGUCACUAAAAUGAUGUUUUACUAAAUGCAAGUCCUUCAGAAACUGCUUGCCAAGCAGAAUCAGUGUUUUGUGAUGGUAUUUGUUCAUAGAUUUAGGUUCCAACUGAAAAUGGAAAUAGGAGAUAAUCUUGUUACAUUACGCUAUACUUUGGCUUGUUAAUUUUCAGUGGAAAAUACUAAGAAGCCUAUCCCACAGUCUGGAUCACAACAGAUUGGAGGUAUUUCUUAGCUGGGCUUUUCUCUCUGCUCCGCCAAAAGGAUUUCUGUAAGGUAGUGGUUAAAAACGUUAUCACUUUACCUUGGUUUUUUUACAUUUGAGAUUGAUGACUGAAGUGGAGAACAAGUUGAAAUUAGUGAAACCUCGUACAAGUGACAUCUGCACAGCAAGCACUCUGGUACUUGUUUGUAGAAGGGCAAUCUUUGUCAAAAUCAAAAAAUGUUAUGCAUUUUUCCCCACGUGCAGAUGCUUCCAAGCGUAGGUAACCCACUCCACGGUGGGUUAUGCAUUCACAUGAAAACAAAAGACUUAAAAAACACACCAAACACUUCACUGAGGAAUCCUGUGAUCACAAAUACUGUCCCAGUUCACAAACCACAAAGGUUAAAAUUGUGGGCUUUCUAAACACUCCAACGCAAGCAUGACUAAAACCAAACUUUCCAUAUGGAUGGAAUGUACCAAUAGGUAGCAAAGUCACAGUUCACCCAGAAGCCAACCCAAUUGCAUGCACACAACAGCCAGACUGGAAAAUGGCAGUUGUAUCACCCUUCACACUGCAGUGCUUUUGCCCAGUCUGGGUCAACUAAUCCAUGUGUCAAUAGAUUCAAUCUCUCAGUGGUUUUCAACCAGUGUGCUGUGGCACCCUGGAGUGCCUUGAAUGAUGGUCAGGGGUGCUGUGGGAAACCUUGACCUCUGUUCUUCUUUCCUUCCCUCCCUUCUCUGAUGCCUUCCCAAAGGCUUGCACAGCUGUUUGUUGCAGCUGCCUUGACUACAACCUUGGCAGGCAAAUGGUGCCUCUGGGGCUGGCCAGGAGGGGCUGGCUGCCAGGAGCUGAUGUGGUCUCGGAGUAAGCAAGCCAGUCUGCCAGCCCUUACUCUGUAGGGAAUGGACAGACAAGUCCCAGGCCCCUGUGGGGCAGUGAGAGGAGGCACCUCUUUCUGGGGCGGGGGGGGGGGGCAGCUCAGAUCAGGGGCAGCAGCAUUGGCUGCCCAGAGGACUCCCAAAGAGAGAGGAGAGGAGAGGAGGCUGAGGGAACACUCCACAAGGGAGGGUUUUGGAAAAGGGUGAGAGGCUGCCAGCUCUGCAGGCAAGGGCUGACAUAACUGGGCCCCUGAGCCUCGACAGGGGUGCCGCAGAAAGAAGGUAGUCAAGGGAGCCGUGGACUCAAAAAAGUUGAAAACCUCUGCAAUAUAUGAAUUCAGUUCACAAAUUCAAGCUCGACCACCAGCGUGAUUCAAGAAAUUUAUUAAGUCAUACAUGCAAAACAUACUGCUAAAUUGCAUUACCAAAAAGAUCAAUGUAAAAACUUCACAAUCUUGCAAACUCCAUUUAUUUUAUUUUAUUUUUUGUUCUAGUAGUUGAAAGGUUGUAGCUCAAUGUUGUGUUCUUGCCAGCAUCUGGGAUGUAUGGAACAUGGUUAGCACUAGGUUACAGAACCUCACAUACCAACUGCCAUUACUAGAUCAAUCAACAGGAGGCGAGGUCAAAAGGGCGAUGUCAGCAUUAGUAAAAUUACAGCAUCAGGUUACCUGGCAAAUGGUGACAUUAAAGGAAGGUGAUUAAGGUGGUGUGAAAUAUUAAAAAAGUACUAGAAGUGGUAAAUCUGCUGAACAUGAUUUUUACAUCAAGUCACCUGAAGACUAAAGGAAGCCUUUCAAAAAAGCAUGUAUACUAUUAUGACAGGAGAAGGGGGGCGGGGAGAAACAGAAACAAGGCUAUGCUUGAAUAUAUCUAAACUACAAAAAAAAAUGCAAAUAUAUCAGAAAGGUUUUAAAAUACAAGUUAUAUUGCUCAGGAAGAAGAUUCUACAAUAAAGCAUCUAGCAAGAACAUGUGAGGGAAUGACCAGUUCAAAAUUGUAGCAAAAUGAAUGCGGCACUGGAAAAUGCAAACAAGUGAUCCAUAAAAAAAUACCAACCUUCCCCCUUCAGUUACUGCUUAGUUGCAACAGAGGGUUUCAGUUUACUGGUUUUAUUAGACAAGAGAGAAAUCCACUGAGUUUAACCAACUUGUGGACAAUGUAGUGUAAAUUGAUCUUUACAGUGUCAAAAUACUGUUGGGCAGUUUCCCUUGACCAAUCCAGGCACCUUUCGCCAAUCAAAGCAAUAUACUGCUCUCAAGGAAGACAAUACAUUUCAAGGAAAAGUUUAAAUCACAGUCCUUAACAAACAGGAAAACUUUUUUUUUUAAUUUAAAAAAGAGGGAAUCUGUAUGCUGUCAAUUAUUGCGGUUGUUCAGGCAUGAAAGAAAGAUACUAAGACCAUCAGUUGGAUGAGUGUAUUAAACAGCAGCAUUUUCCUACCAAUAGGAUAUCGGAAGGGAAACCUAUAAAGUUUUGCAAUUCCUAAUAAAACAUUAGUAUCUUUAAAGACACCUGUUUGUCUUAAAAAAAACAAACAGGUUUCGUGCUCCAUCUACAAAGCACAACAAUACAACAUAGAUGAGCAGGUAAUUUGGCAACACUCGAUUAAUCUGAGCAAAGGGACUUGGGAAAAUAAGGCUUUAUAUAGGUUUGUCUUUUUUUUUUAAAAAAAAAGGAUAUCUUUAGUAGAAGAAAAACAAAAUCUAACUUUUUAAACAAAGGGGAAAGAGAUAGUGAUGAUUGGUUCAAAAUUUUUGAUGUAAGAGAACUAAUCUUUUUUAACAGAAGAACUUGGCAUUGUUGUGAAUGCUCCAUUGUUCCAAGCAAAGCACAGAAGGUUCUGAGGAAGGGGCUGGGACCGGGGGCUGCAUUAGAGUAGCAGACAUUUUCUCUUCCUCUUCUUUACAGGAGGGGGGCAGAGAACUGCUCGAAUAGCUUCGUCAAAGACUGUCUUGAGGCCUCGCUGUGUAAGUGCUGAGCAUUCUAGGUAUUUUACCGCACCUGCAGAAAAAAACGGAACAAAUCUGAGCUACUUAGAAAUCCAAACACCCCAACCCCAAGGAAUAGCAAGUCAAAAUGGAGGCUGAAGUCCGUCCCCCACCCACUGAGACCCAAAUUCCACAGCCCUUCGGCUGAAUUUAGGUUCCACAAGAACUAUUAGCGCUCACGCAGAUAGAUCAAAGCCUUACCAAUCUCUUUUGCCAUGGCAAGGCCUUGUGGGUAGGUGAUGGGAGUCAGCUUCUUCUCCUUCAGCUUUUCAAUGGUGUCUUUGUCAUCUCGGAGGUCAAGUUUGGUUCCCACUAGGAUGAUGGGAGUGUUAGGGCAAUGGUGUCGCACUUCUGGAUACCACUGGAAGGAAAAAAGGGGCGAUUAGCUUCUCUGUAUAUGCAGACAGAGCAUGCAUAUUAAGAAUAUAAAACAAAAAUACAGGUAUUCGUUGGGUUGAAAUUCACAUCAUUUGCAAGUAUUAGGCAUGACCAACUGUAUACCAAAUGAUGAGCCACCAAUGCAUUAAACAAGCUUAAGAGCCACCCCCUCUACCUCUAAGCAGAAGCCCCCAAAACAGAGCAGAACAGUUCCCAGGACCCAGCCUUUCCCUUUCGUCAGCUAGAACAGCUCUGAGACCCAAUCCGCCAGUCAGGAACAGCUAGAUUUAUUUAUAAUGCACUUGACGUUUUCUAGGGUGAAGCAUAGAUCCUGCCUGUAGCUUACAACCAGACAGACAUGAUACAAAAGGAAUGGAGGGGGGACUGGAAAAACAAAGAGGACUGGCACUAUUAUUUAUUUUAUUUUUACAAAAUAAAUUUUACAGCACAAGCGAUGUCCACCAGGGGGCUAACAAAAUAAGGACACAGUUCAGGGAGAGAAGCCAAAUGACAGUUGGUUCCAGCCAAGCUGAUGGAUGAGAGCUGUGUAGGUGUCUCUCUAAUCCUGCUGCAUCCAGGUAGAAUGGCUACCCAGCAAUUCUCUCAAAGGGUUUUCGUUCCAAAAGCCAGAAACACUCUGAGGAAGUAGUUGCAUCGUCCAACAAUCUUGACUAAUAGCUUUAUGACAUCUUACCCAAAAUGAGGUUUGCCAUAAACUUUCACAUUUGAUGUUAACACAAAAUGGCAGGGGGGUUGAUACCAAUUUUGCUAAAUAAAUAAAUAAAUAAAUAAAACUACCAACAUGAUUUUUGCAGAUGAAAAAGUGACUAUUGCAUUCCAGUUGCCUUUCAAAUGACAGCAGCCCAAAGUAUCAAAAUUUGGCAUUCUGACACUUUGGGCAUUCAUAUUUUAUUUUAUUUUAAAAAAAAAUAGUUCUCAAAUGCUGCAGAACUAAUAACAAACAAAAUCCAACCACUUAUGUUUAAAAUAGCAGUUAUGUAUAUUCAACCUGAAAUAUUCCUUUUAGAAACGAACACUCUUGCAGUUUUAAUUUGAAGACUUUAUUAAAAACAAACAAAACAGAAACAAACAAACCAAACCACUAAUUUAUUUUAUUGCUGUAAAAUAAUGAAGGUUAAAAAUUUGUGGGAAAUCUCCCAAGGGAAGAAAAGACAAAUGUUUUUCACUCACCUUUGCACGGACAUUUUCAAAGGAUGCAGGACUCACAAGUGAAAAGCAAAUUAAGAACACAUCCUGAAAAACAAUAUUUUAAGAAUCUUAGUCUCUGGUGGUUACUUUCCAGAUAUAACGAGUUUGCCGUAUAAUCAGACUUCUAGUUCCACUCGUGGACAUUUCCAGUUGCUAAUGGACAGCAAGCUGAACCAGCAGCACAGGAGCCCCAGAACCUCUUUUUUCUUUCCAGUUAAAGCUGCAAUGCAAUAUUAAAACACGAGAAAAUCCUGGAAGAACUUAGCAAACUGAAUCCUAACCCUGUAUCUCAGUUACCUUCUAACCUAUUAAUUUAUGCACUCACAUCAUUUGGCUCACUACUUUAGGAAUCUCCUGGGAAAAUUGUUGCUGUUUCCUCUAAUCCCAAUAAGGUUGCUAAUCUGGCCACAAACUGGAAAUACAAUAUGCCUCUUUUAUGCUGCUUAGGAGCAUAAUAUUUAAAUAUGCUUUCCUAGACGUACACCUCAGAGUUCAUGAGGACUUACAUCCUAGCAGCUAUAUUUGAGGCUGCAUCUUCAAUUUUACUAUUACUAACCCAGUUCUUCUCUUACAGACCAGGGGAAGUUGGGGGCUGGUGACUUACCUAGAACAGAGGCACUGCCUAUUUCAAGAAACGGACAAGAACAGCCAUUUGUGUAAUUGACCAACCCUGCCUUAUUGUUCCAAGUGCUCUGAAAUUCCUGGCACUCAAAUUCAGGAUAACAUAACAUCUUAGGAUGCAGCAGUUAGUAUACCUCGCCCUUAAGUAGGUCUCUGCUGAUAUAAGACUGCUAGUCUUAGAAGCUAAUGGGGACAGUUUUACACAGCUAAAGUGGUGGUCAGCUGUCAUUCAUUCCCAACAAGUCUCGUGCACCCAAGUUCCAUUUGCGAGCUCCUGCUUAACUCUUCACAUUGGGAAAGUCAUAUUUUCUGCUCUAGCCUCCUUCACACACCCUUCCAGUUUACAGGUAACAACUUGGCUACCAAAGAAUCAGAAGCCCUUUGGAGUGUUAGUUGAUUGGGUUGCAGCUCCAGGCUGUUAGGUCAGCACCUUGACACCUCCAGAGUUUAGCGCUUGCAACAAUAAUUAUCCAUGCAGCAGGACACCUGGUGAAGAGCAGUGCUGUAAACUCAUGUGCUCCCAUAGCCCCUCUGCAGCUCCUCCAGCUUGCCAGAUACCGAAGUGCCUCUUGUCCUUUUCGCCUUCCACCAAUCCCAGACACUCCGUGGUUUUCCCAUUCAGGAAAAGGACUAGCUGAAGCCUUUUGAAGUAAAUGUCCUUGGUACAAUAAGAGUCUGGUCUGAUGCGACAGCUGUGGUUUGUUAAAUAACACGUUUACUUUUAAGAGAAGCAGAAAUUCAAAGGAUGUUUGGGACCGUAAGGUAAAUAGGGACACCAAAAAAUGGGGAGCCAGUAUUAUGGCAGCAGGAGAAGCAGCAAAAGAAGAUGAAAGAGCUUGGAGCAUAAUGGUUGAAAGUUUUACAUACGCAGAACGGUUGACGUUUCACCCUGGGAGUUAAUUCCUUACCAUUCGUUCCUUCAACCUAGUAAUAGCAUGAAACAACUUAAGAUUAGGAGAGACUUAAAAGAAAAAUAAGCCCUUUGCUCAUCAUUUUUCACUCCUAUAAUGUCAACAUAAUACAGUCCUCAUGGGGAUGUACUAUGUCAGAAUUGGAUGUGAGCGAACCGUGAAUGAAAUCUUCCUCUAUAUAAAAAUCAAUAAUCUCUCCUUUACCUGAAGGAAGCUGGUUUUUCUGAAGUGUUCUAAGCUGAGUUCUUUUCUAUAUAUGAAGAGGCUGAGUUUUUUAAAAAAAUGUUUUUAUUGAUUUUCAGGGGAGUUAAUUUUUUGAUGCAGAGAUACAUGUUUUCUGAGCUGGGGCACUGCCAGGAAUGAUCGCCUUUGCAGGUCAACUGAACAUGUAACUCCAAGCGCAACAACAUUAAGCAUGCUUUACUUGGAAGUUAAGUUCUACUGAAAUCAUGGGUCCCCAAUAAGGAUAUUGAGAAUUUAUUAUAAAAUGGUGCAUUUGCAGAACUUUCUAAGAAAUCUGUCUUAAUUGCAAUAGGAAAGCUCUGCCAAUUGCUAGAGGCACACAAUGUUAUAGGCGUCAUCACAUUUGGCCCAAAGCAUUGCAGUGCCCUUCCUUGAACUUCCAAGUGUGUAUUUGCAUGAGCAUGUCUGGAAAGUAGCUAAAUAUUUUGGUUUCAAAGCAUGGAAAGGUGAUUUAGGUUUGCAAUAUCCAAGUCUUUUGGCAACUUUAUCCUUGGAAAGAUUAUUUGUUCUCUAGGUGCUACAGCACUUCAUUCAUCUUUAAUUUGCAUCUGGCCUAUUAACAGAGGAGGACAAGCCAGCAAAUCCAAGUAGGACAGACACUUGGAAAAUACAGUCACUGAUCUCUUUUCAUCAAGGUUUAACACAGCAACUCAGCUGCACGUUUGAGGUGUGCUUCUUCCUCAUGAUUUUGUGGUUGCCCCAGAUGAGUCACUCUGCACUCUGGAGUCUCUCUUGGAACAAAGAACCCCUUUUUGUUUUCCUUCUGGCUUUUCCGGCAGCUCUCUUGGAAGCAGCAAUAUAGCCAAUGAGAAUGUAUUGCCAGCCCCUUAGUCUCAAGCCCUGAAAAGAAAAGGCCCUAUUUUGCUGUUUCACAGAGCACAUGAGCAGAUACAAGGAAGAAAAUCUGAUUUUUUCAGAAAUGUAAAGUAGUUCAUGAACCAAGCUGGGAAAGGUCACAGUACUAAGAGCUUGGCAUUUUUUUUUUACUUUCUUGGAUGGCAAGAGUUAAUUUUUUGCAUUAAUUGAAAGCACUAGGGAAAAGCUCUGCUCCCUUUCUCUGAAGUCCGUGAACCAUUAUCUAUUCAUUUUAAAAGCUGUUAUUAUGACUUGAGAAGUCUCUGUUUGAAUUUCUGCUGAACCAUAAGGAGCAGAGGCUGCUCUUGCUCAACUUGUGUUCCACAAUCAGUGACAAUUCCACAGCAUGAAUAAAAUGAAGAAAAGAGACUUUCACUCUCAGUCUAUGCACAGGGCAAAACUGUAAACUAAAAAACAAUCGGGAAGAAAUUCAGUGAACCACUGUAGGUUUGGCCAUUACUGAAGAUUUAGGGGAAAUUAUUUGCUUCCUGUCUAACAGAGAGCAAUAUGUUCCAUUCAGAGCUGCAAGAUUUGCUGGAGCUGCAGAGAACACAAGUUCAAAAUUUAAUGCAGCAAAUGUGGUUACUCAUCAAAAUGUCCCUAUGUAUUGGGAUGUGUUUACAAACAGAUUACUUAUAUACACCCUGUUCUGUUGCUUGUUUGCUUUUAUUAUGGGUGUGGUUUUAUUUAAUUUUUGAUUUUAUCUAUGUGCAAUAAAGUUUUGUUAUAACCC